AACCAGACAAACAGAAGGUGAGACAAGAUCUAGUGCUCCUAAAGGUAUGACCAAGGAGACUCAUUGGGUACUCUGACUGAAAGCGUUCAGCGCUUUGACACUUCUACUCAAGAGGCGAUACUUCCUCUCAGGCUUCAGCUUUUAACCGUUGGAUAUAAAUAUCACAGUAUACGAGAAAUAAUAAUAGAAAACAUGAAACUUGAUAUAUUAUGUGGAAACCACCAAUAUGCAGUGAAAUCUGUGGAGCUGUGCAGCGAUGCAGAGGGAAGCGUCCGAUCGCUUCUCUCCAGUGAAGAGGAGCUGGGUUCGGAUGGGGACUGCGUGGCGCACAGUCCGCCACCUGUCACACCAACCGCUGACGGAAAAGGCAAACCGUACACGCGGAGACCAAAGCCUCCAUACUCAUACAUCGCACUGAUUGCCAUGGCAAUCCGAGACUCUUCGUCCGGUCGACUGACUCUAGCGGAAAUCAAUGAAUAUCUGAUGAAAAAGUUUCCCUUUUUUCGGGGUAGCUACACUGGUUGGAGGAACUCUGUGCGCCACAACUUGUCACUGAACGACUGUUUUCUGAAGGUCCUCCGGGACCCGUCCAGACCAUGGGGAAAAGACAACUACUGGAUGUUGAAUCCUCAUAGCGAGUAUACCUUCGCUGACGGUGUGUUCCGACGUAGGAGAAAGCGAAUCAACAAAAAGACUGGCAAAGAAAAAGAUAACGCUGACCAUGCUGCGGAUGAGUACGCACAAGUCACUAUAACAUCCACGCCACCACCCGCUAAAACCGGACCCACCAAUGCAAAGUUCUCCAGUUCCUUCGCUAUAGACAGUAUCCUCAGCAAACCGUUCAAGAGACAGGAGUGGACUGAGGAUUAUCCCACCGUUGCUGCAUUACAGUGGCCACAUUAUACUCAGAUUAUGCCACAUAUUGUGAGAGGGACAUCUAUUGCAAUGCCACAUCACAACCAGUCGAUGCUCCAAGUAGACGUAUACGCUGCGCAUGUCUUGGGGCUUUACGGUAGAGGAUUGUAGCCCGCUCAGAAAUUCAAUCGAAAAUAGUUUCGCCCGCUCUGGAAUUCACAUUGAGGGCAUCAGUUUACAAGAUAAUCACAGCUGUUCAAAAUAUGAUGUCGUAUGGACCUGAGGGGUGUGGCAAAUGGAAUAAGAGCACUGUCAUGACACUUGUGUAGACCUGCUUUGACAGUUAUUGUGUAAUAACAACAUGCAUUUUAUUUGCAUUGCUUUAGAUUUGGACACCCAGUUACUUACACUAAAUGUUAGUAUGGAAUCGAUAGCAAACUUCUGAGGAGAGAAGUAUGCUUUCUUUCACUGCUUUGAGUGUCAGGUAAUUUCCCUUGCAAAACCAUGACAUUUUUGUGCUAUAAGUGUACAGUUUAUUAUGCACAGAAUAUACGCUAGCCUAUUUAUAUUGUUGGUUCGUUGUUGUUACAUGUAUGACCAUCACUUGACCAUCAAAUCAUGCUGUUUACAAUAUAACAUUUUACAUUGCGGGAUCAAGACGAGCAUUUUGUAUGUUUUUAUUUUAAAAAACAAAAUUAUGUAAUAAAGAGUAACUUUU